ACAAAGAUGGGGAGGAUGAGGAGGAGGAAGAGGAGCAAGGAAGCGAAAACAGAGAAGGUGAAGGUGGACGUGACACGGAAAAUGGAGGGUUAGAGGGUCUGGAGGAGAGGGAAAUGACGGGAGGACGGCAAUCCUGGGAAGGGAAAGGCGGCGAGGUGGUGAAACCAGCAGCCAUUGUGGUCGGUAGACAGAGAGCAGACCGGCCCCUGAGGCCGGGCAACCUGGGCAACCGGGGUGUUGCUUACAUGUCGAAUCAAGUCCUGCUUCAUCAUCAAGUAGCCAAUAAGCAGCAGCAUCAUUUCAUAGCAGCCAAUCAGCAGCCUCAUCACCUAGGCCUGAAUGUGCUGCAGAAGAGACGAGCUCUCAUGGAGCGCAGCAUGACCACAGUGGCUCCGCUGGAGGACACUUUCCUGACCAUGAUGGUGUUUCGCAUUGGAAUUCCUGACAUCAAACAAACAAGGUGUCUCCAGUUUGACCAGGACUGCACGGUGUGGAACGCUAAGCAGCAGAUCAUCUGCUCCCUCAGUGAGUCUUUGUGGGACGCCUACAACUACGGCCUCUUCCAGCCGGCUGGAGAUGGACGGGACGCCAAGUUCCUGGAGGAGGAGCGGGCCCUGCAAGACUACUCGCAGUCCUUUGAGAAAGGGGUGCCUUACCUGGAGUUUAGGUACAAAACCAGAGUUUAUAAACAGACAAAUCUGGAUGAAAAGGCUCUCGCAAAGCUCAGCACAAAGGCCAGUCUGAAGAAAUUCCUGGAUUACAUUCAGACUGGAGCAAUAGAGAAAAUGGCAAAAGUCCUUGAUAAAGGUCUUGAUCCAAAUUUUCAUGACCCUGACAGCGGAGAGACCCCACUCUCUGUGGCUGUGCAGUCCGGCCUGCCGGUGGAGGGCAUCAGGGUGCUGGUUCAGGGCGGCGCUCAUUUGGACUUCAGAAGCAGAGACGGCUUCACACCAGUGCACAAAGCUGUUAGAGCUCACAAUCACGCUGGGCUGCUGGCUCUCUUGUCCUUUGGUGCGUCUCCAGACUACAAAGACCGCUGUGGCCUGACCCCACUGUACCACACUGUACUGGCAGGGGGCGACACUUCCUGCUGCGAGACCUUGCUGUACUACAGAGCCAGGCUGGGGACAAGGGACGAGAAUGGCUGGGACGAGUCCCAUCAGGCUUGCCAGAAUGGCUUUGCCCAGCACUUGGAGCAUCUGCUGUUUUAUGGGGCAGACACCACUUCUCUAAAUGCCUCAGGGAACACUGCACUUCACAUUUCUGCCCUGUACAACAAGGAAAGCUGUGUCCGCGUUCUUCUGUACAGGGGAGCAAAUAGGGAGGCAAAGAACAAACAUGGUCAGACCCCUUUUCAGCUAGCUGUAAUGUCUGGUCACUUUGAACUCGGGGAAAUAAUCAAAAACCACAAAGAUUCCGACAUAGUGCCCUUUUUGGAAUCGCCAAAGUAUGUACCCAAGCGAAAAGAGAGCGCCCACACACUGCCUCUCCCCUCGCUCCAUUCCCACCCCCUACUGCGUGCUAACAGUGAUAACACCAUGACCCAGUCUGACCCUCUGGCCAUGCCCAUCAAGGCUGCAACCAAUCCCAACCCAGGACAGGGCCAGCGUAGGGCCUCCAUUGGCGUGAGAAGCUCCAGCAGCCCCAGAACUCGUACUCGCUCCCCAUCCAGAGGGAGGGGAGGGCAAAGUGACACGGAGGAGAGGCACCGGCAACCACGAGGCAGACAGGGUGCGACCUCAGCGGGCAGUGGGGGAGGUCAGAUGAAGCGUAUGUACAGUGCAGUACCAGGGCGGGUGUAUGUGGCCACUCGUGCCCACUCUGCUAGUGGGGACAGAGAGCUCUCACUCAACAAAGGGGACAAAGUCAAAGUAUUAAGUGUAGGAGAGGGGGGAUACUGGGAGGGAACGGUGAAAGGUCGCACCGGCUGGUUUCCUUCAGACUGUGUGGAAGAGGUCGCGGGUUUCAGCAAAGACAAUCGAUCAGAGACUCGCAGUGAGAAAGCCAAGAGGAAACUUUUCCGUAACGUCACUGUGGGAGCUUACGAUGGCACUGAUGGCCCCAGUGACUACAUCAUUAAGGAGAAGACAGUGCUCCUACAGAAGAAAGACAAUGAGGGCUUUGGCUUUGUGCUUAGGGGAGCCAAAGCUCAGACUCCCAUAGAGGAGUUCACUCCAACGCCAGCGUUCCCCGCGCUGCAGUACCUGGAGUCUGUCGAUGAGGGGGGCGUGGCGUGGAGGGCCGGCCUGAGGAUGGGGGAUUUCCUCAUCGAGGUGAACGGCCAGAAUGUGGUGAAGGUUGGCCACCGGCAGGUGGUCAACAUGAUCCGACAGGGCGGCAACAGUCUCAUGGUGAAAGUCGUCAUGGUUGCUCGAAACCCUGAACUGGAGGACACUGCUCGGAAGAGGGCCCCGCAGCAGACUAAAAGACUGACUCCUCCUGCCAUUGCCCUGCGCUCCAAGUCAAUGACAUCAGAGCUGGAAGACAUGGCUGCCUCUCCAUGGAAAAAGAAAGCAGAGUACGAGUCCUCUCAGGGUCCUGAUAAGAAGAGGACAGUCUAUCAGAUGGCACUAAAUAAACUGGAUGAAAUCUUGGCUGCUGCCCAGCACACUAUUACAUCAGACAACCAGGGCCAGAGAGGUCAUGGGGGCAAGAGGGACCGGAGCAAGAGCAUUGUUCCCAAUGUCUCCAAUGAGCAACCGUAUGAGCAGCAGUCUUCAGUGAGUAUGGCGCAGCAAGGACCCGGUUUUGGCUACAACCAAGCUCAUUUUCAACCAGGCCACGGUCCUCAGCAUGCAGUCAUGAUGCGUCAAAAAUCUAUUGGUGUAACAGAGGAGGAAAGGCAGUACCUCCACCCACCUGCUAUGAAGCUGGCUCGCAGCCUGUCAGUGCCGGGACCAGAAGAAAUCCCCCCACCCCCUAACACAUCCGCCCCAGAGCCGCCUUUAUCUGCAGGCCCUCAUCCUGUGAGAGGGCCUGCUAUGCCCAUACCCCCUGUAUCUCAAGCCCACUACCAGCUCCACUCCCAGCCAGGGCAUCCUACUCAAGCAGGCUGGGAGAGGGGAGGCCCUGGUGGGAUGAACCAGCAGGUCAUGGUCCCCACCCUCAGGAGACAAUCGGAAGGACUGUGUGUCAGAGAACCGGAGGCGCCCAGGAGAGGUGGUGGCAAAAUGGGAGGGUUAAGGAGAGGCUAUAGCAGUGCUACACCACCGACAAGUGCUAAACCUAAGGCCCAACAAGCACCACAACAUCACCCGCACAUCGCCAACCGGGAGCAAGGUGGAGGGGUCGGCAGGGGGGCAGCCAGGAGGGGUGGUCGAGGAGCUCUAAUGAAGCAGUCGAAAGUGGAAGAUGGGGUGCGGCAGCACAGAUCAAAGGGAGGUGCAGCCAAAGAGAAGAGCUCCAUCCCCAUCCCCACCAUCAUCGUCAAAGCGCCCUCCACCAGCAGCAGUGGCCGAAGCAGCCAGGGUAGCAGCAUGGAAGCUGAACCCACCCAGGAUGUAGACGACACCUCGGCAGAUACAACCACAGACAGCCCCAAUACCAGUCUACCUUCACCGCUCACCUCCUCACCACCUCAGCCUCCUACAUCCACUUCUUUGCCUUCAUCAACUGUUGCCCCUCCUGUCUCCUCGCAGCAAAACCUGGAAAACUUGGAUUACACUUCAACGUAUGGUUCGGCCUUUGGGGGAGGAGGAGCGCGCAGGGACAGAGAGCGUUUACGAGAUAUGAGAAGAAAGAGCGCUUCUUUCUUCCUCUCAUCUGAGGAGGACAUUCAAGGAGAGGCGGGAGGAGGAGGAGUAGUAGAGGGAGGAGGAGCACUUGGGACAAGAAUCCAGCCUUUGCAAGGUUCACAAAUGGAUGUACCUACGCCUCGACUCCGCCCCUCCAAGUCUAUAGAUGAGGGCAUGUUUUCUGGAGACAGCUACGUCAACUAUUCCAGCAGCAUGCCCCCAGCCUUCGGCCUACCUGAGUAUUCUUCCCCUAUCCUCAGUCAGGAUGGACAGCCCAAGUCGGCUCCCUCAAUGUACGGCACCCAGCCGGCUACUACCUUCAUCCAUCCGCUUACAGGGAAAGUUCUUGACCCUUCAUCCCCACUUGGCCUGGCCCUGGCAGCAAGAGAAAGGGCCUUAAAGGAUGACCGCAGGACGCGGCGAGAGGACAGACACUUUGGUCGGCAGCUGUCCACUGUGGGAGCGUUUCCCACCCCUGUUCAGACCCCGACUCCUUCCCUAUUUGCAACCCCUACACAAUCAGCCUACACUUCCCCGGUGUCGCUCCACCUAAGCUCCCCCACUGCCACCACCUCACCUGCAUCUCUUAGCCGGCCACAGUCACCAAGGAUAUUACGUUUGGGAGGAGGAGGUGGGGAGAGGGUGGAGAGGGAAAAAGAGGGAGGACCCAGAGAGGGUCUUAGAGUUCGCUUCUCAGAGGACAGGACCAGUCAAUACUCAACCCAGUAUUACCCACAGAGCCCCAGGGAGAGAGAAAGAGAAAAGGAGAUGUACGACAGCAGACCUGCUCCACCCAUACAGCCUCCUCCACCUCCGGCUCAACCUGCGCCGCGCAGACCUUCCUUUCUGCAGAUGGAAAGCACUACAAACACCAGCUACAUCCCUCAGUACACUGUCCCCACAGCCCCAGCACAGACACAUGAAGCUAUGGGAGAUGUAAGAGCAGGGGGUGGAGGUCUAGGACUGAUGGUUCUCCCUCCACCAGCUCCCUCAAUAGAUGCAGAUGACGAGUUUGUCUUUGCAGAUCCCUUGCCCCCUCCUUUACAGUUUGCUAAUGGUAAGAACGAGAGAGUCCAGGAGUUUCCUCAGCGGCAUCAACACCCGAGUCAACACUCUGCUGCUGUGGCUCCACCUCCCCCACCGCCUCUUCCAUCUGCCAAGCCCUCAAACGUUCCCCAACCCUCUCCACAGGGUGGCGACUCUGCUGCCUCCAGCCUUACCUCCUACGACAGCGAGGUGGCCAACCUCACACAAUCGGCUCUCUCUCCGUCUUAUCCUUCCCCACAGAUAUUUCCCCCUUCAUCCACCACCACCACCACCACCUCUGCUACUGCUGCUCUGCCUCCCACGUCACUACACAGACCCCAGCCCAUGUCCCAUUCUCAUCCCUAUUACAGCAGCUCUAAUGACUCCUCAGUAGGUGGUCACACCCCAGCCCAGGACAGAGGCACAGCCGCCCUCACCACCACCAUGACCUAUGCUACCACCACCAUGACAGCCACUGCUGCCGCUGCCACCACCACGACUUCACCGGCAUCCUCUGACUAUAGCAUGACCAUGGCCGGGCCCAGGGUGGGCCUCAGCAUGGGGGGAAAAGCUGCUGACCACACUCAUCACACUAAUAUUUUACCCAAGAGCGGAGACUGGCAAGAUGCUGUGGUGGAUUCUGGGAUUGAGGAGCUGGACAGUCACAGCAGUAGCGACCACCAUUUAGAAAUGCUUGGACUGAGUGGGCUGAGAGGAGAGAGGGGAGGGGUCGGAGGAGACGGGCGAGGAGGAGAGGGAGAGAGAGGCAGUGAACAUCAGGAUCCUUGUACAACCUACUCAGGUGGGCAAACAUUUGAGGUGCACAGUGCCAAACUGGCAAAUCCUGUGUUUCCAAAGAUGACUCAUUACAAGGAGGGGGGAGGGAGGGGCCAGUCUGUAGCACUACGUAGGCAGAACAGCACCAAUCCUGCUCCCUUGCAGUUGCAGAGACAAAGCAACCCAGAAGAUACCAGGUUGGAUGGAGUUCUAGUAGAUGAAAGGAAGCGUAAGCAGAGUCGAUCCAAAAUGGAGGAUGGCUUUAGCUCCGCCUUGGCUGCCUGCUUAGAGAGGCCUAUUGACACUCGGUCGGUGGGCUGGGGUGAGGUCGAGGAGCUUGAGCAAGGUGGAGGACUCCAGAGAGGUGGUAUGGUUUUGGAGAGCCGCAGGCUGCACUCGCCUCUUUCAGGUGUGAAGGCCAGCAUCAUCAAUGAACUCAGCUCCAAGCUGCAACAGAUGAGUAGCAUGAAGAGCAUGGACGACUGGAGCCACACUCCCAAGUCACCCACCAUGCAUAGGUAUUCAGCGGAUUUCACAGACGCAUUUCACAGCCCCCCCACCGGCCGCUCCACCUCGCCAUUACCCACAUCCUCCCCACAGCACCGUCAGAUCCUGACACCCAACCUGUCAGCCACCCCUUCUGUCUCCCCUUCCCCUCAAGUACCAGUUCAACGCAACUGGACCCGCUCCCCUUCCCCACAGAUGCCUUCCUCUCCGGUUCAUUCCCACCCUCCCCAUUCCCCAACCUACUGCCCAUACCCGACAUCACCGAAGCAUCGGUCUAAGUUCCGCAGGCAGACUUUUGAUUUCCAGUGCAGCCCCACAAAGGAGAUGCGAUCUUCAGUCUCUCGGCGCCGUGCUCCAAGCCCUCUUAUCUAUAACACAGAACAACCAAACCCCACCCCCCCAAGACCCUCCUCGCUCCCCAUACUUCCCAGCACACCAGUCUACAACAACCCUUUUGACUUCCCCGGGCCCCUCACUCCUCCUUCUCCUGGCCUCCCUCUAGGAGACACCUACAAGGCGUCAACACCUCCAUUAUUCUCCCCAUCUGGUGUGCCAAGUCCAAACCCCCUACUUGUCUCCCGCUCUCUCUCCCCCACCCAUUUUCUCUCUGGAGCCUCCUCCCCCAUGCAUUUGCCCCCCAGCCCGUCUUGCCUCAACUAUCCCCAUCUCACCCCUCCUCCACCAGCCAAACCCUUUGCCGUCAAGCCCCUGCCCUACUGGACCAAGUACGAUGUGGCGGACUGGCUGGCUUAUCUAAACCUGGGUGAACACAGAGAGCGUUUUAUAGACAAUGAGAUAGAUGGAUCGCAUCUGCCUUCGCUCACCAAGGACGACUUCUUGGACCUGGGAGUGACACGUGUGGGACACCGAAUGAACAUCGAGAGGGCGCUGAAGAAACUCACUGACAGGCGACUCUCCUCUCCUUUGCAUGUUACCACUUCUCCCCGAGACACAGACUGAGGGUGAAGGGGUGAUUCAAAUUGAAACAAAUUGACAAAGAUGAACAUUAACAGAAGAUGUGCAAGAGAAGAACAAUGGACAUCAUCAGGUUGCGUUGAAUUAAGACUAAGGGCUGGACAUGUGGGGGAAAGUGUUGUCUUACAAAUUUGCUUCACAUGUAGAGAAUAUUAUUGUGAAAUUUGUGGAAUGACUUCUGGUCAAGAAAGGGUACAAACAAAUAAGAAUAUCUUAUGACAGUGACGCUCUUCAACUGAAAAUACAAUUUAAAACUUUUGAUGGACAGGCAUUUAAUUAACGCACCGUUUUGUGCUGUAAAAGACAAACACAUAUACACACACACUCAUAUUCUCACACAUACUGACAGAUGGAUUCUCACACCAUCUGCUGCUCAGCAGCACUGAGAAAACUUCAGUCUGAGUUCAAAGAAAAGUUGAAAAGUUGCUGCUUAAAGGGUAAAACCCAGUAACGUGUUAGUGAUUGUGGCUGAAAACAGAAACAUUAGAGCCACAUCCCAACAUCAGUUUUGUAGCUUUAAGCAGAUCAGAGUAUCUAAUGGCUGUGAUUACUGGAGCCAAAGUCAGAAUACGAGAGAAAGAGUUUUGUUUGUAAAUGAUGAUAGAGGAAAAUGAUAGACAACAAUAGUAUUCUUUUUAUAUAUUUGCCAUAUUCCCCCAAAGGAUGCCCCGGUAAGCUUCGUAUGUAUGUACUUUGCGAGCACUAAAUAUAUCUUACAUGUUAAACGGGAUUCACUAUUAGUAGAACCAUUUGUUUUGUACUAAGUGCUGAUCGCAAUCAUUCAUUUCAAAACUGUCAGGGUAUUUAAAACUGUUGAAGUUGUGAAUAAUGAGGAUAUACAGACAUUGAGAAAAUAUUGUUGGGAAAUGACCUUUUCUUAUUUUCCUGAUUAUUCUUUAGAAAGGAGAGGAAAUUUUGAAGAGAAAUUGAAAAGAGUUUGCAUGUUAUUUCAAACUGCAAAUCUCUCUGAGACUUUAUUGGUGUUUAUGGCCAUAGCACAGGUCAAGGGAUGGAUCCAUCCUCUUUGAUGCCAUAAUGUUGACCGCUCUCUCUCUCACACACAGCAGGUGCAGUGAUCAAAAAGGGCUUUUUACUGCUUCUCUGUCUGCCUGACUUCCUCAACCUUCAGCCUCUGUGAGUCUGUGUGUCUGAUUUUGUGCGUGCGUGUUCGUCAGCCUGCGUUGGUGGCUAAAUGCUUUCCCUGACCUACACCUUUCUCUUUCUAAUGCCUUUUCCAAAACAUAUUUAUAACGGUCAGAAAACUUUUCUUUUUUUUUUCUUCUUUUUUUUUUUUUUCACCGGUUGACAAUCCCAAUGUUUUCCUGUUUCACACAUAAACCCUCAAAAAAGAAAUACUCUGACCCACUUUUCAAAAAGGUUUUUUCAGAAUGAAAACUAAUCGUAAAUACUGUAUAUGUUACAUAGAGGUGAACAUGAAUGCCCUGGGUUUUUUUUUAACAUGCCAGUUUAGCCAUUCCCUGCAGUGAAUUCAACUGUUAGGCAAAAACACAUCAUUUAUAGAUCUAUAUGUAAUGAUGAUGAUGACAAUGAUAACAUAAAAAUAUAGUAUAAUAAAGAUAAUAUUAUUAAGUAUGUAAACAUUUUUAAGAAUCUCCGUCUUCCAAAUAGUGUGGACAAAUUCUUUGAAGCUUUGUUUGGUUUGUGUUUCAUUUGGGGUUUUCUGUAAAUGCUUUCUAUACUGCUCGCCCUGUGGUGACCUCAGUGAAGCUGACACGUUAGUUAAUCUAUAUUUCUCUCUAUGUGAGUUUAAAAUUAUGACUCUGUAUUCUCAUGCUGAGUUGCCUAAAUGCUAUUUCAUGAUGGAUACUAUUCCUGAGAAGCGAAAGGACUGAGCAGUAGUGUAGAAAGCAUUACAUACUAUGAUUUAAAAGAGUAUUUUAGGUCUAGUGAAAUGCAUAAUGAAUAUGACUACAUACAGUAUGAGCAUAAGUAUGCAGAGAUAAAAGGUAUAUAUAUACAUAUAUAUAUAUAGUUAUAUAUAUAUAUAAAGUUUUGUUUUCAAUAAAAAAAAGUAUAUACUGAUAAACAAUAUGAUAGCGGUACAACUAAGGUGUUGAAAUAAAUGCUAAAAUAAACUAUG